UCCAAAUUUCACAUCCUCAUCAGUAGACAGUACUUCACAGCUCAAAAGUCUUCUCCUUGCAAUCUUCAAUUGGAAGAGAUAAAAAGCAUCAAAAUUCGAAAAAAGAAAAAUAAUGGCCACCUACUUACGGUUGCCCAUGGCGUCCUCAGUUCCAUGUACUUCAUCACCAUCGUCUCCGCUAAAACGGCGUAGUUUUAGCGUUCUCUGUGCAGCCAAUAGCAAUAGCAGUACAAAAAUUCCGAUGCCUCCUCUUAACCCUAAGGACCCAUUUCUAAAUAAGCUUGCCUCUGUUGCUGCAAAUAAUCCAGAAGCACUCUUCACUCGACCUCAAAAUUCGGAUAUGCCGCCUUUUUUGGAUAUUUACGACUCCCCUAAGCUCAUGGCUACUCCUGCUCAGGUGGAGAGAUCAGUAUCAUACAAUGAGCACAGACCGAGGAGACCUCCACCAGACUUACCCUCACUUUUGCUCCAUGGUAGAAUAGUUUACAUUGGCAUGCCGUUGGUGCCAGCAGUCACAGAGUUAGUUGUUGCAGAGUUGAUGUACCUACAGUGGAUGGAUCCUAAAGAGCCAAUUUAUCUAUACAUAAACUCUACUGGGACUACCCGUGAUGACGGUGAAACAGUUGGUAUGGAAACAGAAGGUUUUGCAAUUUAUGAUGCCAUGAUGCAAUUAAAAAACGAGAUACACACUGUCGCAGUUGGUGCUGCCAUCGGUCAGGCGUGUCUCUUGCUUGCAGCUGGUAGUAAGGGCAAAAGGUUUAUGAUGCCACAUGCCAAAGCUAUGAUUCAACAACCCCGUGUGCCGUCAUCUGGAUUAAUGCCGGCCAGCGACGUUUUCAUCCGAGCAAAGGAGGUAAUCAUAAACAGAGACACCCUUGUCAAGCUUUUGGCAAAACACACUGAAAAUUCUGAAGAAACUGUUGCCAAUGUGAUGAGAAGACCAUUUUACAUGGAUGCUACCAGAGCAAGGGAAUUUGGCGUCAUUGAUAAGAUUCUUUGGCGUGGGCAAGAGCAGAUCAUGGCAGAUGUUUCUGCACCAGAGCAGUGGGACAAGAAUGCGGGGAUCAAAGUUGCUGAUGCUAUUUAGCUUUUUCCUAGAUAUAAUGCAAUGGGAUCUGACAGAAGUGUUUCAACCAUCAAGGGCUGAAGUUCUGGUUCAUUUCACAAGAAAAGAGUUGCCCAAUGAGAUAAUAUUCUGCUUUGAGCAAGUCCUGAAACGGAUACACUUGCUGUAGCUCUUGAAGAUUAUACAGUGUCAUGAUUAGAUACUUCUUAUAGCAACCGCCAAUAGGUGUUUCGCUUGGAUAAAAGCCUUGUAUAAAAUUGUUGUUGGUGUAUUCCACAUUUUGUGAGUUACACAAUUAGUAGAUGUAGUAGCAUUUUUAUGAGGGAUGGCUAUCCUCUUGAUUCUAGAACGUUUCGAUUUAUAAUAACUAGUAUAAUUGAUGGAUUAUGCUUCAGCAUCUAUGGUAUAAUGGUAAUGGCAGCAACUUUGAUCGGA